AUGUACAUUUCCAAGCUCGCAGCACUAUUCGCCGCCUCUUUGGCCGUCUCGUCCGCAGCCUUCCGGGCUGCCGCAGAACCACCGCGCAUGGGCGUCGCCAUCGAAAUCUGCGGCUCCAGUCCAGCAGAUCCAAAAGCCUGUGCUGUCACUGCCGCCAACAUCAACAAGCUCUUGGUUGCCCUGGAAGGGACUGAGGCUUUUCUGACCAGCCUUCGUUUCGCCGGUGAUGCUUGGAAUGUCGACAUCUUUGCCGUCCAGUGCCGUGCCUAUGGUAACAAGGAGGGCACCAUCCCGGUCGGUGUACCGUUCAACGAAACGUACGACUUGAAUCUUGGUACCAAGCCGGUUGGGGUUUACGCCAUCCUUUGCUACGUUAUCGACUACUAUUGA